AACAGCCAAAAGGCACCGAACAGCGGGUGUAAAUCUUAUAACAGAAUCCCACUCCGCAAGGAAAAGCCAAAUCCAGACCCGCUCCGUACGCAGAAGCUGCGCAAUUGGCCUCUGCGACGACAAUAUUGACGCCGCGAUCUCCAUAGCUUGACUGUUUUCCCCGGGAACUCGCUGUGCGAGUUACAAAGUCUACACGAAAAUGGAUAUUCGAGUACUACGUUCCUCAGACAUUCCGCAUGUCCAAACGGCCAAUAUCACCAAUCUCCCCGAAAACUACUUCUGCAAAUACUACCUCUAUCAUGCACUCUCAUGGCCGCAGCUCUCCUAUGUUGCUGUAGACGUCUCCCGGCCGCCGAAGACCCCUUAUGACCCGCCCCGGAUAGUUGGCUACGUGUUGGCGAAGAUGGAGGAGGAACCCGCUGACGGAGUGCCCCACGGACAUAUUACUAGCUUGAGUGUUAUGCGGACGCACAGACGGCUAGGAUUAGCGGAGAAACUUAUGAGACAGAGCCAACGGGCAAUGGUUGAGACAUUCGGCGCGCGUUAUGUUUCCCUCCAUGUCCGUGUGUCCAAUGUCGCCGCACUGCGGUUGUACCGCGACACCCUUGGCUUCGAGGUCGAGAAAGUCGAGUCUAAAUAUUAUGCGGAUGGCGAGGAUGCGUACAGCAUGAAGAUGGACUUGGCGUUCCUUCGAGAGAAGGCACCGGAAUCUGAUGAUGACGGCGAGGCUCAGGACGAGGGCGACGAAGUUGGCUCGGCUGGAAAACAGGGUGACGGUGAGAGCGAGAAGAAGAAAGAGAAGAUGAUGAAGGUCAAGGUUGGCCGCAGCUUAGGUGUCGGUGAUCUAGUGGAGAAGAACGAGAGUACAACGAAAGCAUCAUAAGAAGCGGGCUGGGUCCGCUUUUGCCGCGGGUUAGAAUUGUCCUUGCCGCAGCCUUCAAAAAAAUCCUUUCCAUCAUAAUGCAUAAAAAGCGGAUUUACUCAUCAACACUAUAUCCUUGACUGACAUAUAAUAUGCGAGUAGCCGUG